AUGACAGCACUUUCAUCUAAGAAAUUCAAAAAUAUUGAUGUUGGUGCUACUGUAUUAGUCGAAGUUCCAAAAGUAGAUAGAGGGCCUUUAGAUAGCAAGAAUGCGGUCGGCAAAGUCAUAGACAAAGGGAAUGAAUUAUACAAAGUUGGCACUUUUGGAGUCAUCAAUGACUGGUUGCCUCAAAACGCUGUCCUUCCAAACCCAGGAGAAAUUUUGCCUGAUGAUCUUCCAGAGGCCAAGUUACCAUUAAAAAAAUAUCUGCGUAUCUUCUGCAUUUGGUGGGCAAGGAAUGAAGCAAUGCAACUGCAAAAAAUAUUCCAAGGGACAAUGUUUAUCUAA